UACGGAUCGAUCGCACGGCAAAAAUAAUUCCAGAGGCAAAAUCAUGGCCCGAUCUCAAGAAAAAAAGAAAGUAAUCGUCAAGGUUGACGAGUCGACGAACCCAAUCGUAGUUUCUUUCCCAGGAGGGCUUCCCGAAUCAGUAGAAAAUCAUAAAGUAAAAGCACCACAAUUUGUUUGGCAGAAGUCAAACGGGACUAAUAAAAGAGGCCGAACAGUUGUGGGAUAUGAUAGACACUGUAUCUAUUCGGCUUCUGCUCGCGGCUUCCUUUACGACGAUCGUCGAACCAAGAUUUGCGUCGGUGUCUACGACAAGAAACGCGGGUCCGUUCAACUUUUUGAAGGUGCUACCAAAGGAACUGUCUUCUCGCUGAGGCAGUCCGUACCAACAUAUGCACAUGAAAGUGGUGACGUUGAAUCGAAUCUUUCUGGCACCGCAGCCGGACCAAAUAUUUUUGAAGAUUUUGGUAGCCAAAAGAAACGCCGAGUCCUAAAGUCGCAAGCAGCUAACCGAGUUGAUGUCAACCACGUUGUCGGCGCUGGAACCAAUAGCCAAGUUGUAAAUCAAAUUAUGCAGGGCCAAGCAAUGAGUGAGAGUAACAAAAAGGCUAUCGCAGAUAGCAAACAUGCCGAUACAGAAAGGAAGACCGCGAACGAGGUUGCACUUGAAGAAGCAAGGAAGCAAUUGAUACCGGAAUACAAUCAGAACGCCUCCGAUCCAAGCAAAGUGUUCAAUGCAAAGAGCAUUGCGGGUGAAAAAGCAUGGGGCAGAGUUCAUCGAAAGGUCACCGCUUGUCUGCACCAAGAUAAUCCAAUCGAUACAGUUGUCCAAAGCAUCUUCGAGAGAGAUUGGUGUGACUUUGUCAUCAAACUCGUCAAGGAAGUUAGUCCUGAUUCCAAAAGUUCUGCAUUCCGUAUAACCUGUGCUAUACUUGUCAACUGGAUGGCCAAAUUUUAUCAAAUGAAUAAAAGCAAACGAUCAAUUGAGGCAGUUUCAGAAUCGAAAAGUUCACACUUUGGUAUUCCAAUCGAAGUAGUAACCAGAUGUUUGGAAUUGUUUGCCACAGCUAUUCCGUCAACGAAAUUGGAUUCAGACACUGGGAAAAAGGUCGCUUGUUAUGUAAUGUCAAAACAAAACAAAGAGAAGAUGAUCAUGCAUAUUCUUUUGCUCUUUAUGAUUGCAGGUGGUACCUCAAUGAAGAUUGCGGAUAUUGGAAUCAUCGCAGAGUCCUUGAAAGUACCAGUGGAGGAUUGUAGCGCCUUGCUAAAAUAUGCUGGUUGCACCAUCGCAAGGAAGGGAAACAAGUUGAGUGCUACCCUAAAAACACCACUCAAAUUCCCGAAAGUAGGUCGCCGUAAUCGUAGAUAAGACGGGAUCUGAAGCGUCAAGAAGAAAAAAGGUAGAUAGAUAGCCAGCCUUCUCCAAAGUCGGUAGGGAUUCAUAUUUCUUACAAUUGAUCAUAUACCAAUAGUUUAAGUUUUUUGUUCAUCUAUAAAUUAAGGGUAGUUCA